CACAUUGCAGCUACAGUCAUGGGAAAAACUUCUUCACAGACUUGACAGUUGUCCAGAAGACGAUCAUCAACACGUCUUAUAAAGAAGACAGAACAUUUGGAGGAGAGGCCUUCAAGCAGCAUCUGCACUCUUCAAAUGGGCCAGAUGUGCCUUUGGCUCCACCGCCAAGUCUUUAAGCAGCAGCGGAACAAGCCCGCUCUCUCCCCAGGGGAGACUCGCAUAAUAGCACAACUGUUUCAGGCAACAGGCUGAGUUAUUCAGGUAGGCCUGAGCAGGCCAGGAGAAGCCCCAAGACAAACACAGGGAGAGGAACAAAGGAGGUGAGAGGAAGCCUGAGUCCAUGCUGACAGACUUCGACUCGUCUUUCAUCCGACUGUGUGUGUGCAGCACCCCCCUUUCAAAGGCACGCUAGAACUCAGUGAAAGACGGGCAACACCGUUCUAACACCAAACAGCUCCUCAGACUCCUGGUUAGUUGCUGUGGUUUUCUAAAACUGGUUUAUUGUUGGUCUCACCCUAUAAACUGGAGCAUAAUGUGCAGAUCCUUGACUUCUUAUUGCUCCCAAGAUCAAGAGGAAGAAACCUUGAGAGGAACAAAGUCUCAAAAAGAGAAUGAAUCAAAAAGGGGAAUCAUAAAGAAAGCAAAGAGCAAUGCUGGAUGUAGACGCAUGGCAUAAUCAGCCAGGAAAGCAGAGGUAAUUCUCCUCUCGCUGUGAAAUGCUCCUCCGCUGGCCCUUCUACCACAUACUGCAGCCGCAAAGAUCCAAGAAUAUCUGUCCACUCCAAAUGGAUGCAAGUAAUCUCUUAUUAAACAGCUUCAGCGUCGGAGAGCAGCAGCAGGAGCAGGAGCCGGAGCGCCCCAUUCUAACUGAAUGGAUUGGCAUGGGGAGAAGCGGACCUUUCAACCUGGCUAAGCUGCAGCUUUGGAACUGGAUUUGCCUGGUGAUGCUUUCCCUGUGCCUGCUGUUCCGACCAGUGUACUGUCAGACAUGUCGGAUCCAGAGGUGUAAUGCAGAGUAUGUGGCCUCUUUCUCUCCAUCCGGUGGCCUUCAGGAAGAGGUCCUCACAGACGUGGACCAUUGCAUUGCCUUGAGAGCCUAUUCCCUGUGCACCAGACGUACAGCCCGAGGCUGCAGAGGAGACCUGGUCUACCACUCUGCUGUGUUCCGCAUUAAGGAGCUCUUUGCCCAGCACAACUGCUCCAGCGACGGCCCCACGUCUUCGGCCAAAGCCCCCAGCACUUCCAGGCCAGCCGUUGUGGACGUUUGUGACUACGAGAGCCGAGCUCUUGCCUCUGGCCCUGCGGCACAGCAGAAGAAAUAUGGCCACUGUGGAUUAUUUGGGGAUCCCCAUUUGCGGACAUUCAGAGAUGAGUUCCAAACAUGCAGAGUUGAGGGCGCUUGGCCCCUCAUUCAUAAUCGCUACCUGUCAGUACAGGUCACAAAUGUACCGGUUGUGGAAGGAUCAAGUGCAACAGCGACAAAUAAGAUAACGGUCAUAUUCAAAUCGUACCACGACUGCACUGAACAAAAGGUGUACCAGGCCACCACAGAGGACUUGCCAUCAGCCUUUCAGGAUGGCACACGCAGUGGCGGGAAGGGUGGCAGCCUGUAUAUCGUGGAGGAUGGUAGCAGGAGCACUGGUGGACGGCAGGUGAUGAUCCAGGCCCGCUACCUUGGUGCGUCAAUCAUUGUGCGGCAGGUGGGACGCUACCUAACCUUCGCCAUCCGCAUCCCGGAAGAGCUGGCGGAGGAGAAUGGUGGAUUGCAGCUGUGCCUGCAUGGCUGUCCCCGCAGUGAAGUAAUCAAGGCCCAUGUGCUCACUCGACAGCAUGGUCUGCGUCCGCCGCGACUCCUGGGUUCCUGGUACGAACCGGAGGAAGAGGAUGGUGGUGGAGGAGAACUGAAACCAGGUUUAUCCGCUCAAAAAGAUAUGCUAGAACGUGCCACCACCAAGUGUAGAGAGACUCUGCAGGUGGAGGACGUUUACUUCCAGUCUUGCGUCUUUGACAUCCUCACCACAGGAGAUCUGGAGUUCUCCAUGGCUGCGUACGGGGCCUUGGAGGAUCUGAAGGCACUUCCACCCAGCACUCUCAAGCAAAGCUCACCACGGACUCCACACAUUUAUAAUGGAGCCACCACAGCUUCGUCAUCCCUUUUUGUUGCUCUGAUCUUGGUGUUUCUCUUUUGCUGAAGUGACCAGAUUAUCUGGCAUGAGCUUGAAAGGUUGGAUUGCAAGACUUGAUCUUCUGUUGUUUUUUUUUUCUAAAUUGUUAUGGAUGGUUUGAGUUUUAGAAGAAGCAUUCAAACAAUUUUUUUAUGCUUGAACAACCCCAUCGAACCCCGAGAGACUGCAAGAGCAAAAAAUAUGAACUCACAAGGCUGUGAUCUGUAUUGCCACUUAACACUAUAUGUGUGAUCUUUCCAGAGUGGAAUUGUGUUGCAAUAUAAUAAUACAGAUAUAUCUGAAGGGUACGUUACGGUCUGCAAAUGCUAAGGGCAGCUAAUCAGAAUAGGUUCUUGAACGUCAUUAUCAAGUUGGCAGGACAGUGUCUUUUUAAUACACAUACUAUUUUAACUUUCAAAAUGAUACACACUAAUAUCAGACUGCAGGGAGAUUAAAUGUUAAUGAAGUAUGGACAUGGACACUACCCUGUCAUGGACUGGUAUGUACAGACAGUGUUUCAUUCUUCCUACAUCAAACUUGGCACUUACACUCCACCCUUUUAAAGCAAAUGAAAAGUUAAUGUAAUGGGAUCCAACAACUGAUCGAAAAUACUACCUAUCCAUACGUCUGGAUCUGGGUUCAGAAUUUCCGUAAAGAAAGCUACAGGUAUUGUAUGAAAAAAAAAAAAAACACUAAUUCUUCAAGCUGCUCUGCUUACAGCAUUAAUGUUUAAGGUUAAGAAACAAAUUCUUUAUAUAAUAAUAUAUUGAAAGAGUGUAUAUAUGUGUUGUAUAAUGUGUACAUUCUUCUGUGUAUAGAUGAUUUUAAAUGUGACAUGUUUUGCAGCUGUUUUACUUAGAUUUUUGUAAACUGUGUAAGAAGUAACUAAUAUGUAACCCCUCUUCUUUUCCUAAUUAAAACAAAAUAUUGCGACCUA